AUGCUAGUGCUCAAAUUUAAUGAUAUAAUCACAAAACAAGUUUAACAAUAAUAACAAUAAUACUAAUACUUCAAGAUAAUCCUAUCUCGGCAUUCUAACAAACAGUUCAAUAUCAAAAAAGCCUAUACAAAAUUCUCAGGCAGAUGGUCAAAAGGUAACGAUCCUGAAAGACAAAUUGAUUUUGUUUAGGAGAAUUUAGAUGUUAACAUAGUUUCUAAACUUAUGGAGGCUUUUAAUGGCGAAGAAAUUAUCUUGAAUACACCAUAAGAAAUAUAUGAAAUGUACUAUAUACUUCAUUUCUUUCAGAUUCAGGAACUUUAAAGUUAGAUUGAGAACUUUCUUGUCUAAGAUAAAUCAAAUAUAUUAAUUAGUUAUUAAAUAUCUGAAUUAUAUGAAAAGGAACAAUUAACUAAUUUUUGUUUCAAUUAUUUCAAAGAAUAUGGAUUCUUGGGUAUUUUUAAUAAAAAAGUGGAUUCAGAGGUUGUAAGGAAACACAUCUAUAAGAAUAAAAACAGGCUUGUUCCUAUACAUUAUCUCUAUCUCUAAACUAAUUUAUUUAAGAAGUUAUUAUGUUUGCACAAUUAUUUAGCUUAAGAAAAUUUUGAUAGCAAUAAAUUUUUAGAUUAAUUUUAAAUUGCUUUAUUAAUAAGUGAAUAUUGUUUAUGUAACGGUUACGACAGAAUCAAAUUACAAGAAAUAUUUUGUGAUGUAGUAAUUAAAGAAUAAAUUACAAAUGAAUAGAAAUAAAUCAUCUUGAUUGAAUUUGAGAAAUAAUACAAAGCAAACUAAAUUAAAACCAUAUCAAGCUUUUCUCAAUCUGAUGAAGAUUAUUCAGAUACAACCACAGAAGGUUAAUUCAAAGAGUAAGACAGAGCAUUUUAUAAUUCUCUUGAAAUCAAGCCUAUAGAAAUUUUUAGAGGAACAGAGUUAAACAUAUAAUUAUUGAUUGGAUUGAAGAAUUUAUCAUUUUAAUUUAAAACUAAAUUUGCAAGUUUUGGAUUUUAUGUAUCUAAAAAAAUUGAAUUAAAUAAAUAAAUAGAGGAUGAAUAACUUAAAUUAGUAAAUCUCACAACAAGAGUAGAAUUGAAUACAAGUUUAAGAGUGAAUUGGAUUAAAUUUGAUGAAAGUGGGUUGAAUGUAAAUAAUCGAUUAAUAAUAAUUGGAUAAAAAGGGAUUUGUAGAUAUGAAGAUGAUUUAAUAGAACCAGUUGGUGAAAUUAGAUUAACUGGAUGCCGUAAUUUUAAAAUAGAAGAAGUUUUAGUAAGGAAUAUUUAUAAUUGGCAAUAAAUUUGA